AUGCGUGGAGACAGCAAAUCGCAGGGCCAGGCUGUGCGGCAGAUGGGAUGCGCUGCUCCACGCCUCUCGGACGUGUUCUCUAAGCGCGACAUCGUCCCGGCCAAUGACGCCGAUGACGGCCACCGUGUCCCGAGUGACACGAUUGAGGCGGUGGCAUUCCGGGCCAAGCGCGCGGCCCGACGGCGGGCGGAGCUCGUUGCUGAGGGCGAGGAGAUCGGGGAGGAGCUGAAAGCCUCCGGGCUGGUCACAGCCUGGAGCGAGGCCCGUCCCGGCGAGCCUGGAUACGCGGACGAGGACGGGGUGCCGGUGUACCGCGAGCCUGGCCCGCAACGCCACACGUACGUCGUGCUGGAGCUGCGGCCGCAACGGUCGAGCAGGGCCAGGCGCAACGCGCAGCAGAAGUCGGGGCGCGCGCGCGCCGAUUCGCGGGCGGCCGGGAGGGCGCUCCUGCUGUCGUCGGACGCUUACCUCCAGCUGGCCGGGCGGGUCGCCGUGUGGAGGGAGCAGGUGGUGCGGGUCAUGGAGGCGGACGCCCAGGAGGCGAAGGCGGAGGCGAACGCUCGGCAGAAGGAGCGCGUCGCUGCCAUCCUCGCGGGCACGGACGCUGCGGGCGCGGGCGCGGGGGUGGAGGAGGCGCUCAAUUGCUGGGAGGAGGGUGCGUACGAAGCGGAGACGCUGGAGGCGCUCGCCGAGUUCGGCGAUUGA